AUGGCCUCCGCUCUCCGCCCCAACAUGCUCCGCCAGGCUUUCGCCAGCCCAUCUGCUCGCCUCAUAUCCUCCACCCUGCCCGCCUUUCAACCACAGCAGCGAUUCCUCCUCCAAAGAACGCCUCUAGCCCUACAGCAAGCCACCUUCCAGACGUCAGCCAAGCGCGAGCUUCUCCCACCGCUUCCACAAAGACUACAGGGCACAGUGAACGAUGCGCAAAUACUGGGUGAACCAAAUGCCCUGCACGGCAACUACCAUUGGACAUUCGAAAGAGGUCUAUCCGCGGCACUCCUGCCCAUCAGCCUUGCACCUUUCGCCGCUGGCUCGCUCAGUCCAGUGCUUGAUGGUGCUUUCAUCGGCAUGAUUAUUAUCCACACAUAUAUUGGCUUUAGCUCCAUCAUAUCCGACUACCUGCCCUCACGACGUGUACCCUUCUGGCGCAAGCUCUUCGACUACGGCAACAUGCUUGCUGUAUUCGUGGUCGGCUGGGGUUGGUACGAGUUCGAGACUAACGACGUGGGUUUGACCGAGGGUCUGAAGAGGGUGUGGAAGGCGGGGAGCAGCACUGUGCCAGCUUCGUGA